AUGGCUUCUCAGUUUGACCCGGACCAGCAUACCAAAUCCGAUCUCUUCACAAAGGACUAUUAUCGUGAUGUGUAUCCUGCAAUUGAUCCCACAAGCCCCGAACUGAGCCUGGCGGGCAAAGUUACUAUCAUCACUGGAGCUUCGAAGGGAAUUGGUAAAAGCAUAGCAGUUGCACAUGCUAAAGCCGGUUCCAAAGGCCUCAUCCUAGUGGGACGUACGACUGCAGGUCUCGAGGAGACAAAGGCUGCUGCUCUGGCUGCGAACUCAGCUUUGAAGGUGCUGCUCGUACCCACCGACAUUUCGGACGAAGCGUCAGUAGAUAAGCUGUAUGAAGCCAUAUCAGGAAGCUUUGAUGCUGUGGAUACAUUGAUAAACAAUGCGGGUGUUUUCACCGAUUCCUUCGAUGUCGUCGGAAAAGUCUCGCCUGCGAAGUGGUGGACAGACUUCGACAUCAACGUCAAAGGCACAUUCCUCGUUACAGCAGGCUUCCUCAAGCUCAGAGAGAAGCAAGCAAGCUCAGGGAGCCCGACUAUCGUCAAUCUAGUCACCAGUCCAGGAUUGGUUCCGCCUUCUCUGAGCAGUUACUUUAUAAGCAAGCUGAGCGUCAUGAGAUUCACGGAGCAUCUCGCCAACGAGAAUCCUGAUUUAGCUGUCUUCAGCAUUUCUCCAGGAAUUACUCUCACAGACAUGACUCUAGACGGUUUCAAGCCUUUUGCUAAGGAUACCCCGGAACUUACUGCUGGAGUGACCGUUUAUCUAGCUGCCAAACGACCGGCGUAUUUAUUUGGCAGGUAUUUCUCUGUGAAUUGGGAUGUCAAGGAGCUCGAGGCCAGGAAAGCAGAGAUUGUCGACAAAGGACUCUUGAAGGUUGUUGUGAAAACUUAG